ACCUAAAUGCCGUGCGAGUCGCGUGGCGUAGCCAAGCAACGCGCGUGCCAUGCCCGCCGCCGCUGCCGUUGCCGCCGCCGAUAGUCUCCGGCGAAACGGUACUAAGGACGGACCGGGGGAGACUUUGCCCGACGCGGUGCGGAACCGUCGUCGACGUCGUCUCCUCGCGUCGACGCCGAGCACCACGCCGCGGUGAUCAACUAGACGGACGGUGGAGCCAAAGGAUUGUCAUCGAUCGCCAGGAAAAAAACGGUAUCGUAGAUGUUCAACGAGCGGCCAACCGAUCGACUGACCAGGUCAACCAGGCUCUGUUGUGCACUGAGAAAAAGAUCUGAGACCCGAUUUGGCCGCAAGAACCUUCCGAGCGAUCUGGCUGAUCGUAAUGCAAAAUCGAUCGUGCUCAGGAAGGAAGAGAAAGAGGUAUGCUGGAUGGCUUUCCUGAGAAAAGGUGUCCGCAAACAAUAAAUUCCUUCUCGAAAUGAUCGACGGCCAUCUCGGAGAAGCACGGAUCGUCUCGAUUUUCGAUGUACUGCGUAAUCCCGUGAACGAUAACGAUUGGCAUCGGCACGCAUGAAUAUCAUUGAUCUCGAACCACGCGAUCUCUCCACGCGAGCCUAACCAAGCAAUAAAAAAGAAAGAAUUAUAAUUUCCCGGAAGGGAAAUAUAAUUAACUUGUGCUAUGCGAAUUAGCGACGUUAUGACACACAAGUUUCGAUACUAUUUGCAAAGAUAGAAGUAAGACACGAUUGUAGGAUCGUCAUACUAACGAACGGGACAACGAUAAGGACACAAUAAUGCACAAGAUAGUGGUGAUGGCCGCAGUGCAAAAAGCCCACAGCUAUCAUAACAACAGCAACGCUCCAGGGGAUGCAGGUAGCGCCCAGUCGGAGUACAACGGCUCGUCGUCGACCAGCAAGAAUGACCGACUUGACACGGAUGUGCACGGCAAUGUUAACAUUCUCCUUGGCGGCGCCAUGAUCAGUGGUGUGAUCAUGAUGGUGGUACUCAUAUGCUACUGCUGUCACAAGAACGUCCGGAAGCAUCGACCGCAGGAAUACUCGCACUAUUGGAGAACCGAGCCAGACGUUCACAGUCUGGAAGUCUUCACUAUGGACGCGCAUGCCAUGUGCCUUGAGAGAUCGGCAGGAACUCAGACUCAUCAAGAAGAGGGAGUGCCCGUGUCUCUUCCGCCGUGUCCCGUGACCUCUGGCCCGCCGCCGGCUUACGAGAGCCUCAUCUUCGACCCUCGAGCACUGCUCUCGCCGACCGACAAGAAGGACGAAUCUGGCGAUUCCGAUAUUAUCUCGCCCUCGGUAGGCAACCUGCCCAGUGAAUCAGAAGCCAACAGAAUCAACAAACGGGAAGAGGUUCCAAGUAACGAUCAGGGUUUGCCUUCGUACGAAGCCGCUUUAAAAUUAGAAGCUGACGGUUACGUCUAAAAGCCGAGCGAGAAUCGGAAGUCCGCUGCGAUCGCGGAUCUUCUGUUGAAAAUUUCGAGGAUGCAAAACAAAAACUACAAAGCUACGGAUAUCAGGGUGAAAUUUUGUAAAAUGGAAAAGUCAACUUAAUGAUCGUCUAUCGACAAUUAUCGUUCGCAGCUGAAAUCAAUCCCGAAAGCAUCUUUGAAAGCCGUCCUUUCGAACGACGUGAAAAGCUGAGAUUGAUUCUUAAUUGUGAAAGUGAAAAAGAAAAAUACAUAAGUGGUUGAACUUAUUUUCCACUUGGACUUACAAACUAGAAAUAGAUGUGAAAUAAGUUUCGACAUAAUUAUUGAAGAAUUUCAAGAAACUAUUUUUUUCUAUAGGCUUAAUUUAAAAUGUAUAAGACUAUAUAGGUGAUUUUAUAAUCAAA